CUUCUCUACUUUGUAUCUGAUACGGCCAUCUCCUCCUCGCACGGUUACAAGACUCCAAUUUGCUCACUGACGCUUCGACAUGAGCCAGCUCCAAAUGGACCACGACCAACACCAUCACCAGGAUCAUUUUGAUGACCACAAUGCUUCAUGGCACGACAACACUGGAUACAACCCUCACCAUCAGUCUCCAGUGCAAGACUACAAUGGCUUCAACAGCUUUGCGCCGCUGCCUAUGGAGCCCAUGUAUGGAACUGCUAUGCAUCCACCACCACACCAUCCACACCCAACGCCUAGAACUACCCACCCACAGUUACAGCCCUUGAUAAUGCCACAAUGGCCGAGUAUGUUGACUAGCCAAUCGACAUACCAGCCCUCCAUCUUUCCCUCUGCACCAGUCCCAAUAACGCCGGCUUCUGCGACUCCAGUGUCAGCAAGCUCGACUCAUUCACGCACUUCAUCGACGCCUCGAAAGACUCUCACUGAUCAGGAUCGUCGACGGAUGUGCCAAUAUCACGAAGAGAACCCAACUGUCAAGCAGACUGAGAUCGGAGCAAUGUUUGGUGUAGAAAGAAGUACCGUUUCAAAAGUGUUGCGCCAGAAGGAGAAAUAUCUCUACCAAGAUGACGGGAGUCGUUCACCUAUCAAAAGGUCGAAGGGCAAGUUUCCAGACAUCGAAAGGGCGCUUGCAAACUGGGCGAGGAACCACCAAAGACAGGGUCUGCCACUCAGCGAUGCCAUCAUCCGAGAUAAGGCCCGAUUCUUCGCUUCGACCGUGGGUAACUCUGACAGCCACCUGAAGGCAAAUAGCACCAGUUGGUUGGAAAAGUUCAAGCAAAAGAAUCAUCUCAUGGGAGCGAGAUCGAGGAAGGGCUCGAUAGCGGAGGAGUCCGAGGGAACAUCCAAUCCGGCGUCGAAUGUGCAGACGCCGGGGGCCGUUUCGCCUACAUCGCCUGGCGGGCGACCACGCAGCCAGACGUUUCCCUUGCUAGUUGGCGUCGAGCAGUACAUGUCACCACCAGGCUCUUCAGAUGCACUGACACCGAAGUUUGUCAGCAGCGGUGCCCUCGACUCUCCCAUGACAGAGCUCCCUGGAUCAUUGGCUGCGAUUGAUGAAGCGAUGUCAGUAUCGCCUACGCAGACUCAUUCGAUGCAACCGCCACCUCUUCCAAUGGCUCACAACGACGAGAAGAGUUCAUCCAACGAUUCCUCGCCCAUUACACCUUCGCAAGAAGAAGCCGCACGCGCGCUGGAGCUCGUUAUGAACUUCUUUCAAUCCCAACAUGCCGGGUUCGUGGUAGAGCCGCAGGAAUACGUUACUAUCGGGAAGCUGAUGGAGAAGCUUCGAAUCAAGAGGGGUUCUGAGAGCGUGCCACCGGGCAUGCGCCGCAUAUCAGAGACGGAGUUCACGCUCUCCAAGCUUGAGGGCGUGGACACCAUCCAUUGAUGCACGACCACUAUGGGCCUUCAAAGAUGAGAGAAGGAUCCGCCUUACGAUACGCUUUUCUGGCCUAUCGGACUGUGCAUCAAGACGCGAUGCAAGUCUCUACAUUUGAAAAGGAUACAAAGUCUGUCUGGAAACACAACCCAGCAUACAUCUCUGGCUCAAGAGAGUGAUUUCACAAUAUUUGCAUUUCUUCUGUCUCUCUGCAUCAGCAUACUUAGCAUUGUUCUUCGCUUAUUUCUUAUGCAUCACGGUUUGAUUUCUUUUUAAUCCCACGAUGGUCGACUAUACCCCCUUUUCCGCGCGCACACAUCAUCAUGCUACUUGUUGCAUCCAGAGGAAAAGACUGUAACCGCUCGCGCGGGCCACUAGUACUUGUACGCUUCAUUUCCCGUUUUGUUUUUCAUACUUCGCCGUCACAAUCUUGUCGCGACCCUCAUGGGCGGGCCUUCUACGGUGUUGAAGUGUCCAAUGCCUGAAACGAGCUUAUUUGGGUUGCGUUUCUUGUACGCUCCUUGUCACCUAUAUGUGGAUAUGAUAUAGCCUUAGGCGUAGUCUUGCAACAUAGUCUGUGAGACGCAACCGAAGAAAUGACAGCUUUCCAGUUA